UUUAGCCACCAAUGAAAUAGUUUCGAUUUCAAUGUUAGACGAUCUUUUCUGUUGGAGCAUUCAUGAAGUGAACUCCGCACGCCACCAUGAAGCUCAACAUAAGCCAUCCGCAAACUGGGAGCCAGAAGCUCAUUGAAAUCGAUGAUGAAAAGAAGCUUCGUCCGUUCUACGAGAAGCGUAUGGCUCAGGAGGUGGAAGCUGACUCACUCGGAGAUGAAUGGAAGGGAUAUGUAUUCCGUAUCACUGGCGGAAAUGACAAGCAGGGAUUCCCCAUGAAGCAGGGCAUCCUGACUAACACUCGUGUUCGCCUGCUCCUUUCCAAGGGACACUCUUGCUAUCGCCCUCGACGCACUGGCGAACGUAAGAGAAAAUCGGUGCGUGGCUGUAUCGUCGACUCAAACCUGUCUGUUCUGUCUCUUGUUAUCCGUAAGAAGGGCGAACAGGAGAUCGAGGGCCUGACCGACAAAAGCGUUCCUCGCAGGCUUGGCCCCAAGAGAGCAUCAAAGAUCCGCAAGCUCUUCAAUCUGUCGAAGCAAGACGAUGUACGACAGUACGUUGUCCGCAGGCCGAUCACGCCUAAAGAGGGAACCGAGUCCAAGCUGAAGAAGCCUAAGACAAAGGCGCCGAAGAUUCAGCGUCUGAUUACUCCGAAGAUGUUGCAGCAUAAGCGCAGGAAGAUCGCCCUGAAAAAAAAUCGCCUUCAACGAAAGCUGGAACAAGAGGCUGAGUACGCCAAGCUACACGCGCAGCGAGCGAAGGAGGACAAGGAGAAAAAGGACGAGGCUGCCCGCAAACGCCGAUCGACCCGGGAAUCGCAGUCCUCGGCCGACAGCGGUCCGGCGAAAAGGCCGAAGACGGUGGGAAAGGAGACCCCCGCCGCGAAAACCGCUCCCGCCAAGGAGGCGACUACUCUGUCGGCUACCAAGGGAAAGCAUACAGGUCCUGAUUCCAAAGCCAAAGGCAAGUUCACAGACGCCGAAGCCACCGCCAAGAUAUCUUCCGCGGCUACUAAGGGCAAGUCUGCGGGUCCCGACACCACAACCAAGGGCAAAUCGGCAGGGACAGACAGCAAGGCCAAGCUCGUUCCUCCUAAGAAGGGAGGUAAAAAGAAGUAGGUCGGUCGUUUGAUGGAUUUAUAUAAAGAGAAAACAAUAAAAGAUCAAGCCGUAGACGAGCAGUUUACGGACGCCCGCCACCACCAAGGGCUUCAAACUUCA